AUAAGCGGCAUCGAAAUUCCUACUUUCGGUUUCUGUUUGCCCGAAAUGACAAGUCAACAGCCGAAUGCGAGAAUUGUACUUCAACAAUGCUUGUCGGCCAAAUUGAUGGUUCAGCCAGCGAUAGAAGAUGAGGAGGCGAAAUAUGUACACAUAUCCAGAGGAGUGAUAGUUUACGUCUGUUUUCUACAAGGGGCCAACACAGAUACAGUUGAAAAGAUGGCUAAGGCCGCAUUAAACACCAAAUUAAGUUCUGUGGACGGUGGAAAACUGGUCUCUGUACUUGACCUUCCUGGUGAUGUUCUAAUUAUACCCCAGGCGACCUUGGGAGGAAAUCUGAAGGGCAAGGUCAUGCAGUACCAUAGGAAUAUUCACAAGGAGGAAGGAGAGAAACUGUACAGGGCUUUUGUUGACCUUUGUACACGGACAGUUCAAGGUCACGAUAAAGCAAAGCAGUGUAAUGUGAGGGCAGGGACAUAUGGCAACAGACAAGUGUUCUCCACAGAAACAAAUGGACCAUUUACACACCUUAUAGAGUUCUGAUGAUAUACCUGUACAACUCAAUUCAUAUUCAUCAUUAAUUUAUUAUUCAUAUUUUGUUGUACAGUUGUCACAUUUUGGAAUAAUAAAGCAACAUGGCUGCUGA